AUGGCACGGAAAGCUAGGGAAUCGGCCAGUGCAGGGAAGAACCGUGCUCAAUCGGGGCAGGGAAUCAACCGUCUUACCGUAGGCUGCAAUAACCCCGUCAAUGUGGGUGCAGCUACCACCGAGCAGGCAGGCACAAGCGCGCGCAUACCGCCCACAGUUCCUGUCGUGCAAGAAGCAUUCACACUCGGGCCAUCAUGGGCAUUAGAGAAGAAGAAAGACACUGGACUCGGUGGAAACGAGAGCGAUGGGGAUGAAAGUGAAGAAACCGGCAGUGAUGAAGACGAAGAUGGGAAUGACAGUGACAGCUCUGGAUCGGGAGAUGGUAGCGAGGAGGAAUACGCAAGUGACAGCGAGGGGGAUGGCGGGGACGAGGAUGAUGACGUGGAGUUAGAAGAAGAGGAGCCAGGCGUAUUGGCGGAAGGCACAAUGGAGGCAGGCAGUGGAGGAAAAGGAUCUAAGGGACGGCGUGGUGGAGGGGCAGGGCGACGUGGAGGUGGCUGCAAGAACAAGCAGGGUAGUGUUGGCGGCUCCAGGGGAGUGAAACGGCGACGUAGAAGAAAGAAGGCCAAGACUCAAUUAGAGAAGGCUCCUGGAUGUGUUGCCCGCUGUUUUGGUGAAGGGGGAGCCAAGGAUGAGAAACGUAGCUGCAAAGUAUGUGGCAAGCGUCUGUCGUUCAAGGGUAGCAACACCACAUCGGGUCUAAGGCAUAUGAAACGUCGCCAUAGGCCACACUGGGACAUUUGGGAGCGCCUAUGGUCGCAGAAGCUCGUAGGCCCGAAAGACACGUUCCCCGAGGGUGGUUAUUCUGACGUGCCAGAUGGGAAGGCAGUGUGGGCUGGCUCUGCCACGUGGCCUGACCCCCCACCUGAAGGUGCAGCAUCGGUUGAUGGCGGCCAGCUAUCGAUCAACCGUUUUCUGGCCCCGCGCUUGUCCGCGCCGCAGCUGCGACAAGCACUUGUUGAGUUCAUUGCUGAUGCAGACCUCUCCUUUCAAAUUGUCGACCGACCCACUGUAAGUAACUUGCUGAUUGCAUUCGGUGCAUGCCGUGCAGUGUGUCCCUUCAUCGAGUAA